GGUAGGGUGUCAAGUCUUGUGAUCUUUUGUUGGCUCUGGUAUAUUCUUUACUUUGCCAUUUGCUCUCAAGAAUAUAAUGGACUGGCAGUGAUUUUCUGAUCUGUAUAGACUGUUUUCGACCACUUGACUACAUCCGGGGCACCUGGCGUGUUGGAUGGGUUCACUCGAAUGCUUUUGCAUAUAGGCCGGAGUUACACAAAUGUUUGCACGACUGUUAAAAGGGACGAAUGAUGGCUAAAAAGACUUUGGAACGUUAUCGGUGCUCAUUAGAUGUUGUUUCAAGAAUUCGUUACGACAAGAAGUGUGCUUUGGUCGACAAUAUCGACCCAUAUGCCUUGGAGAAACACAAAUGGAGCACACAACUGUGGGCGUCGGUAACCUAUCCAGACAUCGUCCACUAUCUCCUCUUUUCGACAAGCGCCUAUACCGUGGACCAACUAAAGAAUUCCAAAGACAUCACUGAUGAUCAUCGUCCUGAGCAGCAAAAGGCAGCGCUUACUCACAUUAAAAAAGAGGUGGAGCCACAGCUCCCUUACAUCAAAGAGGACGAGGAAGACCACCUGCACAUUAAAGAGGAAGAAGAUGAUGAUAUCAUCAAGUUGUCAUCAACAGGUAUCCUUUUGAAGAGCGAGGAUGACGGCCAAAGUGAGGAAUAUAGCGAGGCAGAGCCUCCAAACAGCAGCUCAAGUCGGCGCAUUACAACGGGAGGUGAUGGUGACCACUGUGGAGGAUCACAAACAGAUGGCCUCUUAGCGCCACUAUCAGAUAGUGAGGACUCAGCUUCACAUUCUCCUGACACUGAUGAUGAUGUUUAUGACCAGUAUGAAGGUCUUAAAAGAGGUCACACGAUCAACAAACGCUGGAAAUGUUCUGAAUGUGGGAAAACCUUUGCUUAUAAGUGGGGUUUGAAACAACACAUGAGAAUACACACCGGAGAAAAGCCUUUUGCCUGCUUGGAUUGUGGUAAAAUAUUCACACAGAAGGGAUACUUAAAAAUACACCGAAGAACUCACACUGGUGAAAAACCCUUUGUUUGCUCAAUUUGUGGCCAGAGAUAUUCUCAAAAAACAAAUUUGAUAACACACACAAGAACCCACACUGGAGAAAAACCGUUUGUCUGCUCAGUUUGCGGUCAAAGAUUCUCUGAGAAUGGAAGCUUAAAAACCCAUGCAAGAACACACACCGGUGAGAAGCCUUUUUCCUGCUCUGUUUGUAGUCAAAGAUUCUCAGAUAAGGCAAACUUAACAACACACACUAGAACACACACCGGUGAGAAACCUUUUGCAUGCUUGGCUUGUGAACAAAGAUUCACCACAAAAAUCCAGUUAACAAAUCACACAAGAACUCACACAGGAGAGAAACCGUUUGCCUGCUCAGCUUGCCACCAAAGAUUCUCUCAGAAGGGAAACUUAAAAACACACAUGAGAACGCACACUGGGGAGAAACCUUUUGCCUGCUCAAUUUGUGGUCAAAGAUUCUCUGAGAACGGAAGCUUAAGAAGACACACAAGAAAACACACCGGGGAGAAACCUUUUAGCUGCAUAGCUUGUGGCCAAAACUUCUCUCACAAGGAUCGGGUAAAGAGACACAAGUGUGUCCGUGAGAAUAGUAGUCAUGAGUGAAGCCUGAAAGAUCCCCUUCAUGCCUAUUUUCCAAGUUAAUUUUGAUAAUCUGCAAUUGUCAAUUUAUCUUUUUUUCAUGAUUAAAAAAAUAUCAGUUUUCAAGUUAAUCCAAUAGAUAUUUUCAGCCUGGCAUUUGAGGCGGUUGGAUUUUUCACAUUUUACGUGAAGUCAAUGAGCUUUACUCAGAUUGAAUCACUCAUCUUCCCCAAUUUAAAUAUGAUAAACAACAAUGAAGACAAAUGGGAGUCUGACAAAAUAAUCUUUUUAAUCAGCUGUACCGUUAAAAAUUUUAACUAAUAAAAACAGCAAAUUUCAGUAUAUAGUCCACUAUGUAGUGCAACACUACUUGGGGAGUAGGGACCAUACUGAACUGAAUGGAACGAUUUCAGACACCGCCUCGCAGAGCUGCCUGAGCUGCAUUAUUUGGACUGACAUAUAGUUUGCAGACAGGACACAUCCUACUGUGACACGAUUGGACCCUGCGAUUCAGGAAGGGCAAGACACUCUGAUCUAACGAUAGGACCAUCCUAAACAUGUAUCAUGUUUAUAGAAAAAAGUACAUUUAAAAAGUUGUAUUGGUAAGGUUUAGAGCAAGGUUUUCAGCCAAUCAUAGUACGGUGGCGCGUGUCCUGGAGCCAGUAACAUUGCAGCAGAACGUGUCCCACCUAGAAACUAUGUUGGAAUCUUAAUACUGCACUGAGUUCGUUCCCAAGGAUGGCCGCCCGAUGGCGCAUGCGCAACACAGAUUCCACAGUCACUGCACAUCAUACAGAUGUACAUACGAGGGGGACCCUUGGCUGGAUGAGGUUAUGCAGAAUUACAGUCGGAGAAAAUAAAUGCUUACCAACUUUGUCAUGUUAUUACUGUUUAUUUAUGAUAUGUUUAUUGAACGAAGAGAAAAAGAUUAAUUUAUGUAUUUAUUUUUUUAAGUUUGCUUAUAAUUUAUGUCUAUUGUGAUAUGGCCACACUCCCUUGGCAGUUUUGGUAUGAUGUUUGAAGAUGUGGUCGUGUUUCUAUUUUCUACAUUAUGACAUAAAAGUAAAAAAAAAAUAAAAAAUUGCAGACCAAGACCCCAUCUUGAACACCAUUC